UUCAUUACCUAUUUCAGCAAACCUCCAGAAUGUACAAAAGACAAUAACACACCCAGUUUGAGUGACAAAGAAGGCUGUGCUGUGGUGCAGCACGGCUCACAUUUACAAUAUGUACCCUUCUAAAAAACCCACUGAUUUUUCCCGUGGACUCCAUAAGAGCUGUUUGUCCUGACCUGAGUUCAUGCUUAUCUUGAGGUUGCAUGAAGAGAGGGGGGAGGGGGCGCGAAACUCCCUACUGUUUGGCUAAUACAUGUGUACGGUGGCGGGUUGUAACGGACGGUGAUGAUUCGGCCAUCUGGAUGGUCUGAAACAAGGAAAUGUUGGUUUCACAUCUAGAGUGGCUGUACACGUGUUGCUCUCUGCUUCACGACGCUUUUUGAUGGCCUAUGCAUGUACCAUAGAUUACACAUACUCCACGAGGGCCCACGUCACUUUUACCCUCCUAUAUAAACCUUACCCCUCCUCUGCCCUCUGCGCACCAUAGCAAGUCUUGCUUUGCGCUUUUUAGCUUCUUCUUCCUCUUUACUCUCUCUUCCUUCCUUCCUCAUGGCUGCCUCCGUUGAUCCUCUCGUUGUUGGGCGAGUGAUCGGAGAUGUGGUGGACAUGUUUGUCCCAACUGUGAACAUGUCCGUCUACUUUGGGUCCAAGCAUGUCACCAAUGGCUGCGAUAUCAAACCUUCCAUGGCCAUCAACCCCCCCAAGAUCACAGUCUCUGGUCAGCCCGGCGAGCUCUACACUCUGCAGGUGAUGACUGACCCCGAUGCUCCGAGCCCGAGUGAGCCGAGCAUGAGGGAGUGGGUCCAUUGGAUCGUGGCUGACAUCCCUGGAGGAACAAGCCCUGUUAGAGGGAAAGAGAUACUGGCUUACGUGGGUCCGAGGCCACCAGUGGGAAUUCACCGCUACAUUCUGGUGCUGUUUCAGCAGAAGGGUCCGAUGGGGCUGGUGGAGCAGCCAUCCUCUCGUGCGCACUUCAACACUCGGUUUUUCGCUGCGCAGCUCGAUCUUGGAUUGCCUGUUUCCACCGUCUACUUCAACUCCCAGAAGGAACCAGCAAACAGGAGGCGCUGAUCAGCUAGCUCAGCGUUAAUUUCCAUAGAAUCAAUCAUAUCAUACAACUGGAGAUAUCAAGUGGUGAUGAUGUGUGAAGUGAUCAUGAAUCAAGGAAUAAGAAGUUCAUGAGAUAUCUUUAGUGCAAGAAUUUAAUGAAUAAAUAAGGAUGAGAGUCUACCCUGUUAACGUGUCUUUAAUUAAGUUUUUAUUAUAGAUUAUGAAUGUUAAUUAUGUGUAGCCAGCAAGGGGGGGUGUUUCUCACUCUUACUUACAAGUCUCUCUCUCUUUCCCCCCCUCUCCCCCCAUUUUAAUUUGCCUUUAAUUUCAAUAGAAAUAAAUAAAGCCCUUCUCUUUUUGGUUUCA